CGCCUCAUGGCGGGCCGGUGACGGUUAACGGCCGGCGCGCGCGCGUGCUGCGGAGGCGGAGCGCGCGCCGUCUCCCGGCAACGCGGAAUGGCGGCGGGCGAGCAGCAAAGCCGCGAGUACCUGCAGCGGCACCGGCUCCCCGAGCUGCUGCACCGCCUCGGCGCCCUGCUGCUCUACCACCGCCCCGAAAAACCACGCGAGUUCCUGAUCCAGGCGCUGGAAAGGGUGAAGGCCGGAAAGCGCGCCGAGGGGGAGUACCCUUACCUCAUGGACGAGGCCAACCUGGCCGCCAUGUUCGAGCUGCUGGACGUGGUAGGCCAAGGCCACAUAACGCCGGCGCAGUGCAGGGAAGCUCUUAAAACCUUGGGACUGAGCACUGAAGAUCUGCAGUUUGGAGCUGACACAAAGAUCACACAGGAUGUAUUCAAGGAAGAAGUAUUUACAAAGGCCAGUUACUGCCCGCUCUUGCUUGGCUUGCUGUAACCUGAACCAAACUGGGCGUUUUCCUCCACCAUCCUCCCAAAGCAGACCUCGGGAUCAUCUGCCCCUCAGAUCAGACAGACCAGGUAGCCCAGGGGUCCGAACACUGAUCUAGAAACGUGAAAUAGCGAAGCAGUGGGGUUUUCUUUGCCAGAGGUGGUAACGCAGCUGUAGCUGAAACAAGCUCAGAGUUAUACUUUCUCAUGGUUGCGGUAUGGUUCUAGGGGCAAUUUUUUGGUAACUGUUGCAGUCACUGCAGGGUAACUGGAGCUAAUUAUCCUCGUUGUUACCUAACUUGAAUUCUUUUUUUUCUGUCUUAGGAAGAAAAAGAUGCUGGAAAGCUGGGCUGUGUAUUAGUUUGAGCACCGGUUGCUAUAUAUAUUAAAAAUAGGCACCAUGCUCAA